CCUGUGGAGCUGGUUUCUGCUUUUGCCCCACUUCAACAGUUCUCUUUGAAAAUCCUUCUUACUCUUUCAUAUUUCUGUGCUUCCUACACCCCAUGCUGCUGCUGCCUGCCAGUGUGGACCUGCGUGUAGAUCCGGGAAAGGCAGGUGCACCCUGAAGGCGGCCCAGUGCAGGGAUGGCUAGCAGUGCAGCAGACAGUGCCAACCAUCUGCCCUUCUUUUACGGCAACAUCACACGUGAGGAGGCAGAGGAUUACCUAGUGCAAGGGGGCAUGACUGAUGGGCUCUACCUGCUGCGCCAGAGCCGCAAUUACCUGGGUGGAUUUGCACUGUCGGUGGCGCACGGGCGCAAGGCACACCACUACACCAUUGAGCGCGAGCUGAAUGGCACCUACGCCAUCUCAGGUGGCCGUACCCACAGCAGCCCCGCCGACCUCUGUCACUACCACUCGCUGGAGCCUGAUGGCCUGAUCUGUCUGCUCACCAAGCCCUGCAACCGGCCUCCCGGCGUGCAGCCCAAGACUGGGCCCUUUGAGGACCUGAAGGAAAACCUCAUCAGGGAGUAUGUGAAGCAAACAUGGAACUUGCAGGGCCAGGCCUUGGAGCAGGCCAUCAUCAGUCAGAAGCCCCAGCUGGAGAAGCUGAUCGCCACCACAGCCCAUGAGAAAAUGCCUUGGUUCCAUGGAAAUAUCUCUCGGGGCGAGUCUGAGCAGAUCGUCCUCAUAGGAUCAAAGACAGAUGGCAAGUUCUUGAUCAGGGCCAGAGACAACAAUGGCUCCUACGCCCUUUGCCUGUUGCAUGAAGGGAAGGUGCUGCACUAUCGCAUCGACAAAGACAAGACGGGGAAGCUGUCCAUCCCUGAGGGGAAGAAGUUCGACACACUCUGGCAGCUGGUGGAGCAUUACUCUUACAAGCCAGAUGGUUUGUUAAGAGUUCUUACAGUUCCAUGUCAAAAAAUUGGCACACAGCCCGCUCCUCCACAGAGUUCCAGUCUUGUGCCUUGGUCAGCGGGUGGAAUAUUCUCCAGACUCAAAUCAUACUCCUUCCCAAAGCCUGGCCACAGAAAGACUCACACAUCCCCAGGGAACCGGCCAGAGAGCGUGGCAUCCUUCAAUCCUUAUGAGCCAGAAGGAGGGGCCUGGGCUCCGGAGAGAGAGCCCCAGAGAGAGCCUCUGCCCAUGGACACUGAAGUGUACGAGAGCCCCUAUGCAGACCCAGAGGAGAUCAGGCCCAAAGAGGUCUACCUGGACCGAAGCCUGCUGACCCUGGAGGAAAGUGAACUGGGCUCCGGGAACUUUGGGACUGUGAAGAAGGGCCACUACCAGAUGAAGAAAGGUGUGAAAACAGUGGCUGUAAAGAUACUCAAGAACGAGGCCAAUGACCCAGCUCUGAAGGCCGAGUUGCUAGCAGAGGCCAACGUCAUGCAGCAGCUCGACAACCCCUACAUCGUGCGCAUGAUAGGAAUCUGUGAAGCCGAGUCUUGGAUGCUGGUGAUGGAGAUGGCCGAGCUUGGCUCGCUCAACAAGUACUUGCAGCAGAACAGGCAUGUCAAGGAUAAGAACAUCAUAGAGCUGGUUCAUCAGGUCUCCAUGGGAAUGAAGUAUCUGGAGGAGUGCAACUUUGUGCACAGGGAUCUGGCUGCGAGAAACGUGUUGCUGGUCACACAGCAUUACGCCAAGAUCAGUGAUUUCGGACUUUCCAAAGCGCUGGGUGCUGAUGAAAACUAUUACAAGGCCCAGACCCACGGGAAGUGGCCGGUCAAGUGGUAUGCCCCGGAGUGCAUCAACUACUACCGCUUCUCCAGCAAGAGCGACGUCUGGAGCUUUGGCGUGCUGAUGUGGGAAGCCUUCUCCUAUGGCCAGAAGCCCUACCGUGGCAUGAAAGGAAGCGAAGUCACCGCCAUGCUGGAGAAGGGCGAGCGGAUGGGCUGCCCUGCCGGGUGUCCACGAGAGAUGUACGAGCUGAUGAACCUGUGCUGGACGUACGAGGUGGAAAAGCGACCUGGCUUCGCGGCUGUGGAACUGCGCCUGCGCAACUACUAUUACGACGUGGUUAACUAGCUGCUCCGGGCCUGUCUGCAGCUGCCUUGGGUCAGACGCUCGAGCUCAGGAAAAUGUACUCGAUCGAACAGAUUUUCAGGGUUUCCUUCUCCCUCCAUCUGGGGUGACCUGCACCCCACUGACGACUCUGAAAGCCGCCCGCCUCGGCCUCCUGGAGCAAGCCCCAGCCCGGCACGGCACACGGGAGAGGGCCGAGCCCCGGAUUCCCUGGUUGCCUCCUCUGUGUGGUGUUCCUGACAGAUUACCUCUGCGAUCAGUCUCCAGUUCUGCCCUCAGGGCUGGGGCUGUGUGGUUUCCAGUGUCCCAGGCUCUGCCUUUCAGCAGUUAAAUCCACAGGGGACUUGGGGGUAGAGGGUACAGAUCAGAGAGGCCACCAGGUGGGGAGAGUGCCACCAGUUUACAAGGAUCAAGCGUGACCAGUGCUCUUUCUAAACAAGAAGUAGGUAUAUAGGGAGCCUGCAUACUGCGCAUGCUGUGCGUCGUGAACCAAGAGACAUCUGGGGGAUUGAGCCCUGCUUGCAUGGGGCCUAGCUGGGCUCUGUCCCCGAAUACCCCCUGCUGCGGACUGCCUUGAGGACUGCCCUCGUGUGCCCAGACAGGGACCAGUCACCGAAGUCCUGCACCACCACUGGGGAGGCCAGCUGCCCCUCCUGGGUGGCCAGAAUUCUCACUUUCCUCAGAAUUGCCCGUGCACACCCUCCUCCUCCAUGGUCUGUCACUGUCACUAAAUGCCUGGCAUGGGUCAUCUAUGAAGUAAAACUUCAUAAAUUCUCGUGCUUUUCAAUGCUGGGGAACACUUAUCAAGUUGUGGCACCUGGGCAGUUCUUUCUGUGCCAGAACACGUCGAGGUGGAUACACGGGGACAGCGAAUGUACCAGCUCCCCCUCUUCCGAGGCCUCUGUAAGGGGGCUCCCAAGAGCGCAUCCAUUCUAUACUCGCCCUCGCCACACAGGCCUCACCAAGUGUGGCUUGUGACCAAAGAUGUAAGACCUAGAAAUCCUCUUCUGGUCUCCUCCAUUAGUUAAUCCUUCACUUAGAGUUUAUUUACGCAAAGGCAUCUCCCCUUGAUAGAAGUUUUGCUGAGGCUCUGGAAAGUUCCAAAGUCAAUCAGCCAUCAUUCCUGCCUCAGUGGACACAGGCUUGGGCACAUCUUCACUCCUA